GUCAUGGAAAUAAACUGAUUAUUGUGACAAAUUACAUUGUUAGAUUAACUUUUGGAUCGCUAUGGCAGCUUUUGGUUGGACAAGAAGUUUGCAUCACAAGAUGGGGUCCCGCAACACCUCCCCAUCAGUGGAGGCAGUGGUGACCAUCCUCCAGCAGUGGGAGAGGGACAUGGGCAGUGCAGUGGACCCCGUGCCAACAAUUAACAGUUUGGCAGAAAUUGUGGAGCGUGAGACAGAAGAGUACCUGGGACAGGACCCGGACCCAUUUGAUGACAGACAUCCAGGGAGAGCAGAUCCUGACAGCGGUUUCGGCCUUGUCUUGAAGACGUUGUUUAAAGACAAUGACUUCAUGAACACACUAGUGAACAACUACAUCCUGACACAGGAGAGAGAUAACAUUGAACUUGUCACAGCAGCCUGUCGACUUCUUAUCGACAUCUUACCAGGACUGGAAACAUCUGUUGUCUUCCAAGAAACGGAUGGCAUUGUAGAGAGACUGUUCAGGUGGACAAAGCUGGAGCAUGAGCCGCUGAGUUCUUAUGCCACUGGCCUAUUGGCUGCUGCCAUGGAAACACAGGAUGUGGCAACCAACUACAGGGAGGAUAACUCUGAACUGGUGCCUCAGAUGUUGGCUAAACUGAAGUGCCUACGACAACAGAUGGAGAGAGAGAGAUGUCACAAGGCGGAAGAAGAAGUGGGCGUGGGCCUUGACAGGCCGUUUGCAUGUUUCUCCAGUCCAGAUGGCACAAGCAGCCCUGUAACUACACCGACCAAAGUGGAGUCACAGAUACCCAGUGGCACCAAACCUACAGACACUGGUGCUGGAGAUGUGGGACUGACAGUAGCUAACGGGCCAGGCAAUACGGAGGAAGCAGCCAUACGCACAGCACUGCCCCCUAGUGGUAGAACUGAGGGGUGCAGCAACGGCACACCAAAGAGCACUGAAAACUUAAGCACAGGGAAAAGGCAGCUAGCACCAGAUGACGAUAGCUCAAGCAAACGGACCAGAACUGAGGGAUCUGUCCCCCCUACGGCGGGGAUGUUCACCUCCCCGCUGAAAGUGCCUUCGCGAGCCGGCAGCUCCAUGUCGCUCUCCCUGCACGACUGCAGCAACAGCAGCUGGAAGGAGCAGGUGCCGUACCUGAUUGGUCGCCACCAGAUGUUUCCGCUGGACCUGGUGAUGAAGCAGAGACUCAUCCUGCAGUACUUGACUCCACUGGGGGAGUAUCAGGAGUUGCUGGCCACAUUUUUUGAGCUUGGUGCUAUGGACUUGGUGACUUACUACAUGGACCUCAGGAACACAAGAGAUGUUAGGUUGACGUUCGAUGCUCUUAAGUGGCUGGCGGCCCUGCUGUGCCAUAAGAAGUUUGCUGCAGAGUUUGUGUCGCAGGGCGGACUGCAGAAGUUACUGCAGGUUCAUCGCCCCUCCAUGGCUGCCACAGGCGUGUCCAUGUGUCUCUACUACCUGGCUUACAACGAGGACGCCAUGGAAAGGGUGUGCCUCCUCCCACAUAACGUCCUGUCCGACCUGGUGGACUACACCCUGUGGCUGCUGGAGUGUUCGCACGAGUCGGGCAGGUGUCACGCCACCAUGUUCUUCACCGUCACCUUCGGCUUCAGGACCAUACUGGAGCUGUUCGACAGACAGGACGGGCUCAGGAAACUCUACAAUCUGAUGAGUACGCUACAAAUCCUGAGGACAGAUGACCAAGGUGAGAACAUGACAGACGAUGAUAUCUACGCCAGCCGGCAGACGACCAAACACGUGUGUACGGCGCUCAGGAGGUAUUUUGAGGCACACCUGGCCAUCAGAGUGGACGCCAUGAAGAGGGCUUUAUCAAGAACAGGGGGAGGGUCACCGGUCACUCCUGUUCCUCCUUACAAGGCUGGAGCCCUGACCCGAGAGGCCAUGAUGGGGAAUAUGGAGAUGGUAGUGGAACAUGCGCCGGUCAGGUGGCACUGGGAACCUGCACAGGAGUUCUUCCACCUGGGAGGGGUCAACCUGCUUCUACAGAUGAUCGCGUUGUCCUCGGAAUGGAGGAAUUACGGUGGUCGGUCGGACACGAUCCGUGCGGGACUGGACAUCCUGGCGAUCCUGACCGUCACGCCCAAGGCGCAGCUCCUGCUGUGUGAGCCCGUCACCCUGCCGGAGUCUUCCGCCACUAUCGGGAUCAACAUCAUACUGGGCAUGGCAGAAGGGGAACACCUGACCACACCUGACGCUGAGGUACAGAAAGCAGCCUUACAGGUCAUCAUCAACUGUGUCUGUGGACCCACAAACAGGUUGGGAGGAGGUGUGGGGAGGGUGGGGAGUGGCACUCCCCGGAGGAGGAACCUGAGGAGUGGGGAGGACGUACUGACCAAGAUGUGGCACUGUGUCCGGGCAAACAACGGCAUCAAGGUCCUGCUGAACCUAUUCACUGUGAAAUCACCAAUCACCGAUGCUGACGAGAUCCGUGCCAUGGCGUGCCGUGCUCUGUGUGGUUUGGCACGCUGCGACACCGUCAAGCAGAUCAUCAGCAAACUGCAGCUGUUCAGCUCGGGGGAGAUGCAGCGCCUGAUGAAGGAGCCCACCCUGCAGGAGAAGCGGCAGGAACAUCUCAAGUUUGUGAAGUACGCAGCCGAGCUGUUGGAGAGGAUAUCGGGCAAGCCGGUGUUGUCUGGUUACGAGGCCACGCUGGCAGGAUUGAACAGGGCGGACAUCGUCGCACAGACGAGGAUCGCGUACAACUCCAAAGAACUGAUGCAACUCAUCCACAACCACCUCCUGCAGAAUGGGAUGAUGGAAACGGCGGCGUCCCUACAGCGGGAGGCGGGAUUGGGCAGGGUCUCCCCGCACCACGAGCCAAUCAGACACUCCGCUGCACACCACACUCCCAUACCCAUGGCGGCGGCACCUCCUCAGGGACACAAGCUGGUCAGGGUUCCGGCAGGAAACAUGGGUGCCUCAACCAGCUCCCCUUUGAGCGGACACUUGAAAUUUGUACCUCCCAUGUCGGGAGCCUCCAGGACCAACAGGACUCCGCACUUUGUCCGACAGAAAUCCCAAACAGCCGGCGGGAACUUCAUGCCGAGCCCUGUGAUGAGGAAACAGAUGAUGAAGACGUCCCCCGCCCCUCCCUCACUGGACAACAUAGUGAAGAAGUACCUGGCAGAGCAGCACUCGCACUGCAGGAACCCUGUCUCCACCUGCCCACCGUUCUCCCUCAUACAGCCCCAUCACUGCCCAGAACCCAAAUACCGCAGACAAGCACCAAACAAUGUUGCAGCGCGUCUCGUCCGCAGAGCGGCCUUCCCCAUCUACGGCGGGCUGGACGGGUCUUCGUACGACCGUCAGUUCAUCUACAGCAGAUUCCGACCGGUCCGUAUGCUGAGAGACCCUGAAGGCGACAGUUCCUUCACGUGCUGUGCGUUCAUGCCCUCCUCCUUCUACCAUAAGUAUGUGGCGUUAGGGACCUACUCCGGGGAACUGAAGAUGUACAGCCUGAUCUCAGGUACAGAGGAGGGGACGUACGUGUGUCAUAACUGUGCAAUCACACACUGUGAGCCCUCUAGGGACGGCAGUCUCAUGCUCACCUCUGGUUCGUACGGUCGGCCACUGUCGGCGUUGUGGAGCAUGAACGGAGUGUUCACCAGGAAGAUGUCUAUAGCUGAGGACAACCAUGUGGAGUUCAGCAAACUGGUGCAGGACCGAGUCAUUGGUACCAAGAACGAGAUCGCCCAUAUCUACGACAUCCAAACGGGCCAGAAAACCCUGACCCUGGUCGACCCUGACCUGACCAACCGCUACAAUAAGAACAAGGCCACGUUCAACGCCACCGACGACAUGGUGCUUUCAGACGGGGUAUUAUGGGAUGUCAGGUCGGCGAAACCCAUCCACAAGUUUGACAAGUUCAAUGGGAACAUCAGUGGUGUGUUCCACCCCAACGGUCUGGAGAUCGUCAUCAAUUCUGAGAUUUGGGACAUGCGGUCCUUCCACCUGCUGCACACGGUGCCCUCUCUGGACCAGUGUCAGGUGGUCUUCAACAACAACGGAAAUUGAUGUGAAACGGAACAUCUUUGACCUGGACACGGAUGCCUCGGACCAUUACUUAGCGCUAAUCGAGAAUCAAGGCAACAUGGACUCCCUGUCUGUGGAGAGCGUGUGUCGGCUGUAUGAAGUGGGGCGGCUCCGGGUGGAUGGAGAGGAUGAUGAAGAUGAAGAACAGGAGGAGGAUGAAGAGGAGGAGGAGUUAGAUGAUGAUGAUGAUGAUGAUGAGCUGAGUCAGGAGGAGAUGGAGGAUGGAGAUGGGGAGGACAACAUGGAGGAUGAGGAGAACCUAGAUGAGGAGGGUGAGGAGGGCGGGGAUGACGAUGAUGAUGAUGAUGAUGGGGAUGAGGAUGAGUUUGACAUCGACCUUGAGGACAGCGAUGACGAUGAUGAUCUGUCCGAUAUUGAUGACGACAUGCUGUUCGCCCUCUCCUGAAGAUAGCAGCCAAUUUGAACACUUCUGACAUGUGGACCACAGAGGGGAUGUUGAACCCUUAGUGCAAAAUUUUCUGCUAUACUGUCUGUCCAGUAUUUCUCUGAAAUCACACUCCUGAACAUCUACGAUCUGGCAACAUUAUGAUAAGGAAAUGUUCUGAAGUGAGAGGAAUAGAACAUGUACCCCGUAUUCUUAAUAACAAGUAUCAUUUCAACAACAUGAAUAUUUCCAAUAAAGUAUGCAGCAAUAUUGACAUGAAUAUAUUUCAGUUCUGCAAAGCUUUGAGUUUCUGUGAAGUUCUUAAGAGUAUCAUGUAUACCACAUGUGUAUUUAAGCUACAUGACAGCAAAAACAGGAAAUCUAGACAGAUGUGCUUACCUAAGUGUUGAUUUUAUCAUCUUCUGAUGAAUGUACUGGUAUCUACAUAUAAACUGGCUGGGACGAGAAAGAAGUGAGGCAAUAUUGAGAACACGUAACUGUAAAAAAUUCCAUGGUUCAAGCUACGAAAGGAAAAAUGUUGCAUGGUGAAGACAUUGCCAGUAGAAGUGAUGGCCACUCAUGGAUCUCAGGAAGUUGUGCUUGUCUUUCCAUAGAGGAUAUCUGUAUUGGCCCACAGGUAUAUACUUCAUGACAGGUGCUUAACUGUGAAUGUAAGGUUCUGUAGAUUUUCCCAGGGGAUGAAGUGUUAAGUGAUCUGUACAAAUAUGUGUACUUGGUGAGGUCUGGUAGAAAACACUUAAUUUUCAACAGCUCUGUUUUCCUAUCUAGUGUCAUCAGGCAUGUCAAAGGUGGAAAGGGUUUUAUUGUAUCAUGCAGGUAUUUAAAGGUAAACUUAAAACACUGCUGGGUCACUCUGGUUUUAGCCAUAUGUAUUAUUUAUAGAUUUUUUUGUCCGAUUCUGUUACAAAUUAAAUACUUGUAUAUAUCUUUUCCCUGCAAUAUCAUUUUUGUUUUCAUCAACUCUUAAAAUGAUAGUCCUCUUGUGAAAGUACUGUAGUAGCAUAGAACAUCUUUAUGUAUGUUGAGAAUGCUUUUAAACUACAUCAGGGAGAAUGUGUAUGGCUCUUUUGAUCCUUGAAUUAAUAUAAAGCAACAAGCAAUACAGAACCUGCUACGAUGUACAAGAAUGUGUAAUAAAGGAGAGAUGAUAAAUCAGAGAUUGAUGGUAACUUCCUGUAUGUAUGGUUAUGGUAGUGAAGGAGUGACUGGUAUGCUUUUAUGGUGCCCCAAUAUUCAAACACAUGAAAAGGAAAGUGGGUAAUUUGGAUGAAUGAAGGAUAUCAAAAUGCAAGAUAAAAUGUGACAAGGUUUCAGUGGUGUUGAAGAAGUUAAAGGGAGUAUGAAUGCUUAAGUAAUAAGGAUUGACUGGCUGAAAACAUUACAUGUAACUUCUACUAACACUUCUGUACUUCUGUGGUAUCUCUCUAGUUUGGUUGUACAUGUACUUGUAAGUUAAGUUGUAGAUUGUACUUCAGUGAAAUGAGCCAUGAUUACUGCCAGGUGCCUUUUAUGUGUGCCACCUCUUUGUACCAACAUAUUUCCGAGCUGUAAUAUUAAACAUGGUCUGGGACA